AUGCGAGACCUCGCGGCUCAGGUAACGAGCAGCCUGCUGCAGUUUCCCGAGGUGACCAUUCAGGCUCUUGGGGAAGAUGAGCUCACCCGAGGGUCUGUGCUGCGCGGGCGGUUUUCCAGAGGGAGAGAUGGGCUGGCCUGGCUGGCGUGUGGCCCUCAGCUGGAGGUCGUGAGCGCUGUGACGGGAGAGCGGCUCUCUGCACACCGUUUCAGUGGAGCCCGUGAGCAGCCUCCCACCAUCCGCGUGGUGAAGGAGGUUUCCUGGCAGACGGGAACGGGGCUGCUGGUUGGCUUGAGAGAAGCAGAGGGAAGUGUUCUCUGCCUGUACGAUCUUGGAACAUCAAGCGUGGUUACAGCAGUAGUUCUGCCAGGAAGGGUAACUGCUGUAGAGCCCAUAACUAACCCCGGAGGAGCCAGCGUGAGGCCUUGGCACCUGCACCGGGCUCUGCAAGGGUUUUGUGGCGUGGCAGCGGUGGCGACAGAUGUUGGUCAUCUGCUUGUGGUGGACCUUGGUUUGGAUGAUCUCUCUUGCAGUCAGAGGGAGAAUGAACCAUCGGGUCUAACAGUUGUCACUAGAGCUGCUGCUGGCGUUUCACAAGGAAGAGCAACCGUGAGCAGAGCAGGGAGACAUCUCUACCUUCAGUUACAGUGUCCUUCAGGAACAGCGCUCUCGACCCUGUGCUACAUCAGCAGAAGCAACCAGCUCGCCGUGGGUUUUUCCGACGGCUCCCUGUCACUGUGGAAUAUGAAAACUCUGCAGCGGGAGCACCACUGUCAGCUUGAAGGAGGAAGGAUUCCUGUCUGCGCCGUUACUUUUCAAGAGCCUGAGCACGAUCCUCACAACUGGUGCUACUUGUGGGCUGUUCAGUCGACGCAAGAAAGUGAAGGCGAUGCCGUGAGUUUACAUCUGUUGCAGUUAGCGUUCGCAGACAGGAGGCCCUUGGCUUCAGGACAAGUCAUGUACGAGGGUUUGGCAUCCUGUGUUGAAAAGUACAGUUUGGAUCUGACGGGUGGAGCCUUUCCCUUGAGAGGGCAGGGCAGCAAGGCCAAACUACUCAGCUGUCAGGCUGUAGAAAUCUUUCCCAACUGCAUUGACAGAGAAGACAGCGUUGAUGAAGUCAUAUCUCCUGACAUCAGUGUCUCCGUCUUCAGCUGGCAAGUGAACACACGCAGCCAGGGAAAACCAUCUACUUAUUUGGGUGUAUUUGACUUUGACUGCUGGUAUGAGGCUCAAAAGCCAGGCUCACUAAGGCCAGAAGAAUCCCUUCAGGACUGCCCCUAUUUUGCACUGUGGUCACUGGACGCUGUGACAAGCACGACUGCUCCAAACCCCCUUCUGGAUGUUGUGGUGCAGGAGCGCAGCCUAAGCUGGAGAGUUCCUCCUUCUUACCCACAACCUGAGCUGUGUUUUCAUCCAAGCACCUAUAAUUUUGAUGGCACGUGCCUGCUGAGCUCUGGAGUUGUUCAUGUGACGUGCAGCGGCUUCCAGAAGGAGAAUAAGCUGGCGGUGACCAGCCUCGCAGCUUUGUAUGCACGAGUGGUCCUCUGGUUCUGUGGGUCCCGCCUCCUGCCCGAGGGCUCAGGUUACGAGAUGCGUUUCUCUAGACCUUUCUACAAUUAUCCUCUGAUUCGGAGCUACUACGCUGGUCAUCGACAGCAACUGGAGCGUUUAUCAAGAGGCAAACGGGACUCUGACUGCCUGAUGGUCGAUGGGAUGGUUUCCCAGUUGGGAGACCGAGUUGAGGAGAUGUGGCAGAGAGAUGAAGGAGGAAUGGGGAAAUACCCACCUCCUAGCUUACAGGCACUGCUGGAGCUCUAUUUGCUAGAAGGCGUUGAAGAAAGCCACAAACAUGCAAUCACAAUUUACUUGCUGCUAGACAUCACGCAUCCCUUUCCGAACAAAACAGAACCUUCCGUCGACUCCUUCGCAGCUGCCUUUGCCAUCCCUUCGGGCCUUGUUAAGCUUAUUCGAGGUUUUUGGCUUCUAGACCACAAGGACUAUGAUAGCUCCCUGGCCCUGCUGGUUGAACCAACUGCAAACAAACCUGUGUCGUGGCAAGACGUGCGAAUUCUUCAGUCCCUCAUGUGCCAAGGAGAGCAUGGGCGAGCCCUCAGAUACACGCAGGUGAUGAAGCUCUCGGCCUCCAGCUGUAGCGAAGUGCGGCUUUUCCUCACUGUGCUGUUGUCCAAUAGGUGCAUGGCGGAGGCUUGGGCUCUGCUGCAGGAGCACACCACUCAGUUAAAGGAGGAAGAGCUAUUAAAAGACAUGUAUGACAUCUGUCGGGAGAUGGGACUAGUGGAAGACUUUCUGAGGCUGCCUUUCACAGACUCUGAACAAAAGUGUUUGGAGAAAUUUUUACGGACUCAUGAGAUUCUUUUAGCCCGGCACCUGCAGCGUGCCAACUGUACGGCAGCCCCACAGCUGAACCAGGCGAUGAACGUUCAUCUCAUGAACGAUCGUGCUCCUCGCUGGAGACAGAGAGCAGUUGCCAGAAAUUCUCUCUCAGCCCAGCACGGCAAGACCCUUCCUAGAGGUCAGAGGCAGCUGGCUGUAGAGAGAGCCAAGCCUUACCAUCUGCCU